AUGGAGGGCACCGGCCAUGAUUCCGACAAGCCCGUCGGCGAAAAAGGCCACCACACAGCCGUCGGCCCGAACGUCGCCCAAACCGUCGCCGCCAGGGAGAAUGAAAAGGCACAGACCAAAGAUCAGACUGGCAAGCGGGAGAUCACCCAGGACGAGUGCGAGGGCGAGCUGGGCUUCGAUUUUCCCGAAUGGAAGAAAUGGUGGAUAUUGACAGUCAUCUUCUUGGUUCAGACGUCAAUGAACUUCAACACGUCCCUCUAUUCGAACGGUCUCGUCGGCAUUUCGGAACGCUUCAGCGUCAGCGAACAAGGCGCCCGCGUCGGCGCCGCCAUCUUCUUGAUCACGUACGCCUUCGGAUGCGAGCUAUGGGCACCUUGGUCCGAGGAGUUUGGGCGCAAGCCGAUCCUACAGCUCUCUCUCCUCUUCGUCAACAUCUUCACCCUUCCCGUCGUGUUGGCGCCCAAUUUUGGAUGUCUGCUGGCUGGUAGGGCCCUUGGGGGGCUGUCGACAGCCGGAGGCAGUGUCACACUUGGUAUGAUUGCCGACCUGUUCGAAAGCGACCGACAGCAAUACGCAGUGGCAUACAUUGUAUUUUCUUCUGUCGGCGGCUCAAUCCUGGGACCCAUCGUUGGAGGAUUUGUCGAGAUCAUGGACCCCGCGAGCGGUUGGAGAUGGUGUAUCUGGAUCCAGCUCAUCUUCGGCGGCGCUGUCCAGCUCCUGCACUUCUUCACUGUCCCCGAGACUCGCACGACCAUCAUGAUGAACAAAAUUGCCAAGAAGCGCAGAAAGACGGGCCAAGACCCCAAUGUCUAUGGCCCCGACGAGAUCGAAUCCUUCUUCUCCCGCUUCACGGUCAAGGAGCUGAUUUACACCUGGAUGCGACCUUUCCGCAUGUUCCUCACCGAGCCAAUCGUGCUCACGCUGUCUCUGCUCUCGGGAUUCUCCGACGCCCUGAUCUUCAUGCAGAUUCAGUCAAUCUCUCUCGUAUACAAGCAGUGGAAUUUCAACUCGUGGCAGAUUGGUUUGGCCUUUCUCCCGUUCGGAAUCGGCUAUGUCAUCGCCUGGCUCGCUUUCAUACCCGCCUUCAAACGCAACCAACGGCUACGAGAAUUGCACCCGGAGGACGAACAUGCUCAAUACGAGUCAAGAAUGUCUCUGCUUCUCUGGCUUGCGCCUUGCCUUCCCAUUGGGCUCAUCAUUUUCGCAUGGACGAGCAGUGGCCCGCCACUUCACUGGAUUGGCUCCAUGUUCGGCACCGCCCUCAUAGGCAUAGCCAACUACGCCAUUUACAUGGCCACGAUUGACUAUAUGAUCUGCGCAUACGGACCCUACUCGGCUUCUGCCACGGGCGGGAAUGGCUGGGCCAGAGACUUCCUUGCCGGUGUCCUCACCGUGCCCGCCACCCCCUUCUACUCCAACAUCGGCCGUGAGAAGGGCAUGAACCUAGAGUAUGCCUCCACCAUUCUGUUCUGCAUCUCAGCCGUGUUGGUUGCCGCUGUCUACGUCAUCUACUGGAAAGGUCCCGAGCUGCGAAAGCAAUCUCCAUUUGCACAGAGUCUUGCCAAAACCAGUGGCGAGGCCCAUGGUCGCCGCGUCAGUGUAGCAACGCACAGCACUGCCCCUGACCAGGAGCACGGUCAUGCUCAUGAGAGUGCACCUCGCCGCCCUGGUGGUGGCAUCGGCCCCACGUCGCGACGCAGCUCAUACAUGGCGA